AUGUAUUGCCAGUUGACCGUGUCUGUAGCCUUGCUGCUGGCCAUCGUCUCACGUUUCGCAAUUGCAUCCUUGUCACAGCUUGACCUUGAUUACAUUUCUGCUAAUCUAGAGACCAAGGUCAAAGUAACCGAUAAUCUCGAGUACAAUGGCGGGAAACACAAAUUUGUCGUCACUUUAAAGAACGCCGGAAAUCAGCCUAUCAAGGGAAAUAACUGGAAGAUAUACUUUUACAGCUUUUUCAUGUUAGAGGCAGAGCAUCUACCAAACCCAGGCGGGUAUGAAGUUCCGGGUCAAAAGGUUAAAUUACACCAUGAGAACGGAUGUCUCUUCAGCAUGAUGCCAACAGCCGACUUUCAGGACAUAAAUACCAUGGAAACGAGGACCAUAGAGUUUUUUGGCGCCAAUUGGGCAAUAAGUAGGUCCGAUGUUCCUCCGAACUGGUACAUAACUUCUGAUGGUUUAGAGAGUAGACUUCUAAAUAGUACAUCAUUCGGAAGUCAUUUUGUUGAAGAUUUUACCAAUGUUAAACAAUGGAAGCGGUACAGAAAUGACCAAUAUAAUCCGUACACACCACGUGAUCGGUACAGGAAAUACGGAUCGGACUCGGGAGAAGCAACAGAGAAACACUACAUCAUUCCAACACCAAAACAAGUAACAGUUACUAGUAGCCAUUUUGUGAAUGUGCGAUCAGGGACAUGGCAAGUUCGAACCGGAAGUGCAGACACUGCCGCUGAGGGGAUGAAGCUUGCAAAUCUGACUGGUUUGACUUUCAACACCUCUAACGUGAAAGCGAGAAAUACUAUCUUUCUUAACCUCGAUCAGACCAUGACCGUCUCCCCAGAGGGUUACACACUUACUGUCAGUCGGGAUGAAGAGACUGUCGUUAUUAACGCCAGAAACAAGACGGGUCUCUUUUAUGGCGGUCAGUCAUUGGCCAGUCUUCUAGCUGGUAACGACAACCAGCUGCUACCGGAAGUCACGAUUUCGGAUGAGCCUCACUUUCAGUUUCGAGGAAUGUACGUUGACCUUGCGAGGAAUUUCCACGAUAAAAAUGACAUUAUAAGAUUAAUGACAGGGAUGGCCACAUACAAACUCAACAAAUUACAUCUACAUCUUGCUGAUGACGAGGGCUGGAGAAUAGAGAUCCCAGGACUUCCGGAACUCACUCAGGUUGCUUCUAAACGCUGUCAUGAUCUCAGUGAAGACCGGUGUCUCAUACCACAGCUUGGUUCCGGUCCUCAUGACGACACUUCCGGUUCAGGAUUUUUAACUAAACAGGACUAUAAGGACAUCAUAGGCUUCGCGAAAGCUCACCAUAUAGAGAUAAUACCGGAAGUAGAUACACCUGGACAUGCUCGCGCAGCUAUCAUCGCCAUGGAAAAGAGAUUCCGGAAUUUCGAGUCCACUAACAUCACAGCUGCGUCGGAGUUCCGUUUAAUUGACCCAGAUGACACUUCACGAUACUUUUCAGUUCAGAUGUUUUCAGAUAACGCUAUCAAUCCAUGCAUAAAUUCCACUUACAGAUUUCUAGCGAAGGUCAUGGACGAGAUAAAAAACAUGCACGAGGAGGCCGACCAGCCAUUAAAAGUUUACCAUUAUGGCGGAGAUGAAGUUCCAAAUGGCGCUUGGGUUAAUUCUACUUCCUGUAAAAAUCUAUUAUCAACACUUCCACCAAGCGAGGACUCUAGAUACCUGAAACUUUAUUUUUUAAACCGAACUUCAGAACUAGCCUUUAACCGUAACUUAGUGCUGUCCGGUUGGGAGGACGGAUGGAUGGACAGAAAUAAAUCCCCUUUUAACCGAGACAUGUUUCAGAAUACUGAUAUCAUGGCGAAUGCCUGGGACAAUGUAUGGGAAUGGGGGUCCGCCAAACGGGCUUAUAACUUCGCCAACCAGGGUUACAAGGUGGUGCUGUCACACGUUACGCAUCUCUACUUUGAUCAUCCGUAUGAGCCUGACCCUGAAGAGAGGGGUCUUUACUGGGGUCCUAGGUUCACCGACACUUUGAAAACAUUUGGCUACGUAACAAGUGACCUUUAUAAAAACAUUGACGUCAGAAGAUCAGGGGAGGUAAUCACUAAAAAUGAAGUCUGUGAAAAGAACAAUGUUGGAUGUCCGCCGUUACAGAAACCGGAAAAUAUCGUAGGUCUCCAAGGACAUAUUUGGUCAGAAACCGUUCUUUCCCGCCAACUUUUCGACUAUAUGAUUUUCCCACGCCUCCUUGCUGUGGCAGAGAGGGGUUGGCACCGGGCAUCAUGGGAAGAUAUCGAAGAUGAAUCGGACAGAAAGUCGGCCAUAAUGGCGGACUGGAAACGUUUUGCAAAAAGUCUUGGAACAAAGGAGCUGAGACGUUUGGAUGAGUUGAACAUACAGUACCGGGUUCCUCCACCAGGAGCUAGAGUCGAUGGUGAUGUUGUACACCCAACUGUGACUUACCCGGGACUUAACGUAGAGUACAGACGUCCUGACCAAUCAGAGUGGUCGCUGUCAACCAAUCAGGGGGUGCCUUUCAAUGGGAAUGACGUCAUAUUUCUACGAGCCAGAUCAGCUAAUGGUACGAGGACUAGCAGAGAGGUCACAGUGACGUCAGAUCCAGUUCUCAAAGCCACUGAUCAGACUGUGGUUGACUACAUUGCUGAGAACCUAGAUGUGAAGGUUCAGGUAGUUGACAACAUACAGAACGAUGUCACUGUAGAGAUGCGUAUGAGUUUAACCAACACUGGUGGGCGUUCCAUACACGCCUCAAGCUGGGCUAUCUACUUGGACAAUAUUCGCAUGACUGAACCAGACCGCUUUCCCUACCCUGAGGGCAUAGAGUUGAAAGGAGUUCAUUUAAGGCUUUUCCACAUAGGCGGGAGCUUAUUCAAAAUUGUUCCGGAAACUUCCUUCCAGUCCUUUACCCCAGAACAAACGUUAUCGUUUCCGUACGUUGAUAGGUAUUGGAAGGUGGCACGUACAGACGUGAUGCCAAAUAUGUAUGUUAGUGGAGAGGGAAUGAAAAGUAAGGUGAUACAAUCAACCCAGGGAGAAAAACUGGGGUUUGUUGGGAAUUUCUCGACAAAACACCAAUGGAAGAGGUACCCCCAGGAUCAGUAUGAUCCGUUCCUUGCCCGCACGAGGCACGCCAUCAACUCUGAUGCUAUAGAUGCGGGACAUGCUGGGAAAUGGAUAAUCCCUACACCAGUUACUCAACUGUUGACAAAUGAAACCAAGGUGACCGUCACGGAUGACUGGGUUGUGGUAGACCUGGGGGAAUUCCCACAGGAAGCGGCGGGUUUAGCAGCUAUGUUCAACCUGUCCGUGGUCAACACCAAACCCAAUGACAAGUACAUUGGAUAUCGUAAGGAGGUUGUACUCGAUAACAAUGCGAAUAUUGUACACUCGGAAGCUUACAAAGUGGAUAUUAUUUCCGGAAAUGACUUGAUUCUGCUAACGGCCAAUCAGAGUGCAGGGGCAUUUUACGCAGCAAAAACACUUGACGCACUGUCACGUACUGUCGAGAGUGGAAGAGAACUUCCGAACGGAACCGUAAUAGAUGGCCCCCGAUUCAAAUACAGGGGAAUGCACUUAGAUGUUGGUCGUAAUUUCCAUUCUAAAGAAGAAGUUUUAAAACUUCUGGAUGUUAUGGCAACGUACAAAAUGAACAGAUUACAUUUACAUCUGACCGAAGACGAAGGUUGGAGACUUGAAAUCCCUGGUCUACCCGAGCUGACGGAGGUUGGCGCCAAAAGAUGCCAUGAUGAGGCCGAACUCAAUUGUAUUUUACCACAACUUGGCUCGGGGCCAGACACCUCUACUUCCGGCUCUGGGUAUUAUCAUGUGUCAGAAUACAAGGAAAUACUUACUAGCGCCUCUCAGCGACAUAUUCUGGUCAUCCCGGAGAUUGAUAUGCCCGGACAUAUCCGCGCUGCCAUUAAAAGUAUGGAGGCAAGGCAGUUACGAUUUCCAGCAAACGAAACGGCAGCUAAUGAAUAUAUUCUGACCGAAAAAAACGAUACGUCUAAAUACCUUAGUGCCCAGCUAUUUACCGAUAAUGCUAUGAACCCAUGUCUCGAUUCUACUUUCAAAUUCACUGAUCACGUGAUUACAGAGAUUGUUAAAAUGCACAAAGACAUUCAGCCCUUGCAGAUGUUCCAUUUCGGAGGCGAUGAAGUCGCGAAGGGCGCAUGGACGAACUCUUCUGCCUGUCAAACUUUCAUAUCAAAAGAGAAUACCAUUAAUAGUGUGUUAGAUCUAAAAGAAUAUUUUGCUUCAAAGAUUGCUAGUCAGGUAGCGACACAUGGAAUAAACCUCGGUGCUUGGGAAGACGGUCUGAUGGAAGGAACCAACCCAUAUGAUAAAUCAGGGCUCCCUAGCAAUAUUGAUGUAUAUGGCUAUGCGUGGGACAAUGUUUGGGAAUGGGGCGUUUCUGAACGAGCUUACAAGAUGGCUAAUGCUGGAUACAAGGUUGUGCUGGCGCAUGCGACACAUUUGUACUUUGAUCAUCCUUAUGAGCCAGACCCCGAAGAGCGCGGGUAUUACUGGGCAACACGAUACACAAGCACGCGCAAAACAUUCGGCUACAUACCCGAUAACAUCUACCUGAACGCUAAAGUAAAACGGUCAGGAGAGAAAUUGAAUCUGGGAGAAAUAUGUGAGGGUGCGCAAUGUGUGAAGUUGGAAAAACCGGAGAACAUCGAGGGUAUUCAAGGCCACCUGUGGACGGAAACUGUCCGCACGGACGAACAGAUGGACGAGAUGAUAUUCCCGCGCAUGCUGGCUCUUGCUGAAAGAGCCUGGCACAAAGCAUCUUGGGAAGACCUUGCAGAUGAGACAGCAAGAACUGCUGGAGAAAAGCAAGAUUGGGAGAAAUUUGCUAAUACCUUAGGAUAUCGAGAGUUGUCUGUCCUUGAUUCUAUGGGUGUACACUACCGGAUACCGCCUCCAGGGGGCAUAUCCAGGGAUGGGCGCUUAUUGGUCAAUUCAGCUUUCCCAGGUCUUCGGAUAGAGAUCAGCACCGAUAAUGGCAACACAUGGAAGGAAGUUAAAAGAUCUACCACAGUCACAGAGGGGUCAACAAUUCUGCUGAGAACAAAGUCAGCUGAUUCCAAGCGUAGAAGUCGGGUCGUGUCACUGAAAGAUUCGUCAUCCCAGGCAUCUGGGACAUCAACGCCACUUCUCAGUGUCACCGGUGCCUUCAUUGCUUUGAUAUCGUGUUGGAUUUGGACUUCAAUGUCAACAGCGCCUGCGUGGCUUUAA